CAUGGUUUAAAGGUAGAGCCAUCACCCGACACUGAAGAAAACUGCUGCUUCUCCCCCCAACUUCCCAAGUUCUUUCACCUUGUGACGUUCUUCAGCCCAGCAUACUUCAUACUCCACUUUGCUGAUAUCAUACUGGGCUUUGCUCCAUCACGAAGCUCAGAUUUCGUACUUGCUACGUAGUAGGAGGCUGCUCACGAGCAAAACUAGAGUGCACGCUGGGACGAUUCUGAAAAGCAAUUCCUCAACAAUUAUACAGCGAAGAUGGCAUCUGGCGUGAAAGCUGAAGGAGGAGCUGUUGGCGGCGAGAGCAUCAACACCGAGAUUGUGACACUCUCGCGAUACUUGAGUGAGGAGCAGUCAAAACACAAGGAAGCAACAGGAGACUUUACGCUGCUGUGCCACGCACUGCAAUUCUCCUUCAAGUCGAUAGCAUAUUACAUCCGACGAGCCUCGUUGAUCAACCUUUCCGGACUUGCGGGAUCCUCGAACACAACCGGCGAUGACCAGAAAAAGCUUGAUGUGAUUGGCAACGAUGUGUUCAUCGCAGCAAUGCGUUCGAGCGGCCGUGUCCGUGUCCUGGUCUCAGAAGAAGAGGAGGAAGCUAUCAUCUUUGACAACAACCCUCAUGCACGCUACGCUAUUGCCUGCGAUCCCAUCGAUGGCAGUAGCAACUUGGAUGCUGGUGUGUCAGUGGGCACAAUCUUCGGCAUCUACAGACUCGAGGAGGGUGCAAAGGGCACGAAAGAGGACCUGCUCCGGCCAGGUACCGAUCUCGUUGCAGCUGGGUUCACCAUGUACGGUGCAUCGGCUCAGCUUGUGCUCACCAUGAAGGGCGGUGCUGUCAAUGGCUUCACCAUGGAUAAUGCCCUCGGCGAGUUCAUCCUUACACACCCGAACAUGCAGAUGCCCAAGCGAAGAGCAAUCUACAGCUGUAACGAGGGUAACAGCAAAUACUGGGGAGAGCCAGUCAAGGAGUGGGUGGAGAGCCUGAAGAACGCCGAGAAGCCAUAUUCUGCAAGAUACAUCGGAUCCAUGGUGGCCGAUGCCUACCGGACACUGCUGUACGGAGGCAUCUUCGCCUACCCAGCCGACAAGAAGUCGCCGAAGGGCAAGCUCCGAAUUCUGUACGAGUGCGGUCCCAUGGCCAUGGUUUUCGAGCAAGCUGGUGGUCAAGCCGUGGACAGCAACAUGCGCCGGAUGUUGACUGUCGUGCCUGAACACAUCCACGACCGAAGCGGUAUUUUCUUGGGCAGUUACGAUGAGGUGCAAAAGGUCAUUGAUAUCCACAAGAAGCAUGGUAUGACAGCAUAAGUGCGGCCAGAAGCAAAUGAAGGCGUUGUCCGGUGGAGGUUCACCACAGACUUGAUAGCGCAUGAAUCAUCAAGCACUUCGUCGUUUCAGAGCAAUCUAGUGGCUGAGUGAUCGCGUAUUUGAUAUAGCAAGGCCGCGGAGUUGGUCAUACCUUGUGCUGCGACGCGUGAUGAUUUUCCUUUACGCGUCGUCUCUGUGUAAGGCUGUGAGAUCAAGAUCCACGAACUGGCUGUCCCUCAACGCGAUGUCACUGCGCUCCAAUGAGUCCGGUAUGAUCUGUAGAAUAUCGUACAAAAUGGAAUCCGGCAGUGUCCCAUGCGAUACGAGAUUGUGCUCCUCUGGGCCAAAAAUAUCGCCGAGCGCGAAGCCUGAUCACGACACAACCCGCGAAUCAUCUCAAACUCAAUUGCAACUUCCAAG